UGGCAGUGAAUCGCAGGAGGUAUAUAUUUAGCAUUGCCUACGAUGUACCAAUGUACAUUUACAGAGUUGUUGUCUGUACUUUUUGCAUUUUUCAGCCUUUUAGCCUUCCAACAAAAAUUGAGCCAAGCCUAGUUGAACCACAUAAUGGAGGGGUUCCUGACUGGAGUUCCGUGGUACCUUUUUGACUAUUUUUUCCCUGACUCGCCUCAGCAGAGCAAAAUUAGAAUAGGAACACGUCUGUGCUACACCGCUGUGGAGUAGGAUAAGAGAUACACAUAUGUUCUGCUCUGGUUGGUUGUCAACGGCAUUGGUGGGGAGUUGGUAAUUUUCUUGUUGGCAAAAUUCAUGAACGUAUUGUAGGUAUUAUGAUAUGACCUAGGUACCAUAUUGUGAUAUUACUGCUAAUUCCAAGUCUCUUCUCAUACUCCAAUAUAGCUACACAAUUAUCACUAGACAAAAGUGUCUUUUCUUCGUCCAGCUGAGAGCGGGUGUCAUGUCAGAAGGGUACUUGGAUAAAGUAGGUAUGAGCUAUAGAUUCCUAUUUCUUUCGUUAGUCACCACUUAAUAAAGGUAAAGAGUAAAAGAGGGGGCUUUGAUAUCCAUAUUCAUUCUGUUGAGCUUGACAUGCAUUAUUUUUGUUCAACAUGAGCAUUCAGUUGGCCGUUCUUAAGGCAAAAGAGUUAUAAUCAUAAUGGAAGAGCUUGAAAAGAGUAAUGAAUAAGAAAUUUUGCUGAACGUACCAUGGCUAUCGUGACUGCGGAUAUUUUGCAACUCGUCAGUAGAACUCCAGAGAUAUGAGCAGCAUUUCAGCCUCCUCCAGUCUCCCGAGGUCCUCGUCACACAUCCAAGUACUGUGAGUUGACAAGAUCAUGUGGUUGUUGGAACGCAAAACACCUGACAACACAGCCUCACAGUGACCAGCUCAUGGGCUCUGAGAUAUGUCUGACCAUGCUGGGCUCUUCCAGCAUCUGCUGGGUCAAAUAACGAGACGUCUCAAGGUCGUGGUGAAAGGAUGCGAAUGGUUGUUUGGCGAUGAUGAGGAUGAGGAAAAAAUGAUGCGAAGAAAAAAGACCAGUAAAUUUAGCUGGAGGUCCCUUCACGCUAGACCAUUUUAGGCCAGCUGGUCGCCUUAGCGUACUUUAUUUCUCGCCGUGCUCCCGCCAGAUCCCCUCAAUCUCUGCAUUACCCCACCAAAACUACACAACUGGAAACUUGUAGCUAAACUCGCUCAGAAGAACAUCUCCCAAAAGAAAUCUCCUGCACAAAUACAAGAUGGCCGGUAAGUAGCUUAUCCUAGAUUUCGUAUCCAUAACUUGCUUCAUCCUCAAAGCGCAUGCGCACCAAGUGCAUUUGCUAACAUGACUUUGCAGACUUCACAGAAAUCGCGAGUGAGUAAUAAAACGCCUCCCCACUGAUAUUCUGGUCCUCGAAUAUAUGCGACUCGAUAUACGAAGAAUCCCAUCCUCCAAAUAUACCACUGCAUAUGCGCAACACAGGGCUGACAAACACCUGCAGAGCAGUUCACUGAGUACUACUACAACCAGUUCGACAAGGAUAGAUCACAGUUGGCCCCUCUCUAUGUGAGUCUUAGACAAAGCUGGAGGAUACCUGGAUACUGACUGGCAUAGCGCCAAGAGUCCAUGUUGACUUUCGAGUCUGCCUCAAUUGGUGGCGCAGGUCCUAUCGUCGAGAAACUCUCCGUAGGUUUGCGCAAGUCUUCGAGACGAUAAACCACUCUAAUCAAGAACCUUACAGAGUCUUCCUUUCCAAAGCGUCAAGCACGCCGUGUCCACACUUGAUGCCCAACCAUCCAACACCAGUGGCGGAAUUCUGAUCCUGGUUACUGGGGCUCUUUUGGUAAGCUCGAACUCGAGUUCAAGUCCAGCGCAUCACACAGCCCCCUUGCGCGUACCAGAACUAACGGAAACUUCUACCUGUAGGUCGACGAAGAGCAGCGACCGAUGAAUUACAGUCAAGCCUUCCAACUCCUCCCAGACGGUGCCGGAAGCUACUUUAUCUUCAACGACGUCUUCAAGUUGGUAUUCGGAUAAGUGGGCAUUUGAAGGGUGUUUUAGUAGACCCGAAACCUGAUGGAGACAAUAUUGAGGUUGUUGAAUGGGUCAUCUCGAGAUAUUAGAGGAAGAAAGCUGUGAUGAGCACAGA